AUGUCUAAACCUCAAAGUGAUCCUUUUCUGCAAGCUGAAACAACUUGUAGAUCGCUUCUUCAUGAACUUCAGAUAAUAUGGGAUGAAGUUGGGGAGAUUGAGGCUGAAAAAGAUAGAAUCUUGUAUGAGCUUGAACAAGAGUGUAUAGAAGUAUAUAGAAGAAAGGUAGAUAAAGCAAAUUGGUCUAGAGCUCAACUAAGGCAGGAAAUUGCUGAUUCUGAAGCAGAGCUUGCAGCUAUCUGUUCAGCAAUGGGAGAGCGACCAAUACAUAUUAGGCAGUCUGAUCAAAAUGCUAGAAGCUUGAAGGAAGAGCUAGCAAUAAUUCGCCCAGAGCUCGAGGAAAUGCAAAAAAUGAAGUCUGAGCGCAGAAAUCAAUUUAUAGAAGUUCAAGAGCAGGUUCAAAGCAUCUCAAAUGAGAUUUAUGGUCCAGGAGAAUAUAUUCCAGCCAUUGUAGAUGAAACUGAUUUAUCGGUUAGAAAGCUUGAAGAGUUGCAUAGACAGCUUCGUGCACUUCAAAAGGAGAAGAGUGACCGCCUCAAGAAGGUCCAGGACCACCUGUAUACUCUAAAUUCUCUUUGUUCAGUGCUUGGUUUGGACUUUAAGCAGACAGUCAGUGGAGUCCAUCCUAGUUUAGGAAAUCCAGAAGGAUCUAAGAGUGUAAAUAAUGAUUCCAUCAAGCAAUUGGCUGUUGCUAUACAAGAACUGCGAGAGGUUAAAAUACAGAGAAUGCAGAAGCUCCAAGAUCUAGCAACAACAAUGUUGGAAAUCUGGAAUUUGAUGGAUACACCUAUCGAAGAGCAACAGAUGUUUCAAAGUGUUACUUGUAAUAUAGCUGCUUCAGAACAUGAAGUAACUGAACCAAACACCUUGUCUGAGGACUUCAUCAAUUGUGUUGAGGCAGAAGUAUCUAGGUUAGAAGAGUUGAAAUCAAGCAAAAUGAAAGAGCUUGUUUUGAAGAAAAGAGUAGAGCUAGAGGAGAUGUGUCGGAAGACUCAUUUGGUUCCAGAAAUUGAUAGUGCAGUGGAAUAUGCUCUUGAAGCUAUAGAGUCUGGAUCUGUAGACCCUGCUUUUGUUCUUGAACAAAUUGAACUUCAGAUUGCCCAAGUCAAAGAGGAAGCUUUUUGCAGAACAGAAAUACUUGAAAAGGUUGAGAAAUGGUUAUCGUCGUGUGAUGAAGAGACUUGGCUUGAGGAGUACAACAGGGAUGAAAAUCGGUACAAUGCUGGGAGAGGUACUCAUCUUAAUCUCAAGCGAGCUGAGAAAGCCCGUGCUUUGGUUAACAAAAUUCCAGCAAUGGUAGACGGUUUGACUUCAAAAACUGUAGCAUGGGAAAAGGACAGAGGCAUUGAGUUCACAUUCGAUGGUAUCCGUCUGCUCUCUAUGCUUGAAGACUACACCCUAUUACAGCAAGAGAAGGAGCAACAACGUCGUAGGCAGCGGGACAUGAAGAAACUUAAGGGACAAUUGGUAGCAGAGCAGGAAGCACUUUAUGGGUCAAAAUCAAGCCCUUCAAAGCCCCAGAGUGGAAAAAAUACACCUAGGAAGUCAGCUGGAAAUGCAACUACUAGAAAAGUUUCCUUUGGAGCAGCAGCACUGCAAACUUCGAAACCUGAUUCAAAAGCUACUCAGUCAUGCUCUACGAGGAAGACUGACAAAGGGCGCCAAAUUGAGCAACUAAAUUACAUGGAUGAUGGCGCUUCAUCAUAUUUAUCAUCAGGUACUAGAAGAGGACUCGAUAUUGCCGGUGUUCCUAUGAAAAAACACUCGUUUGGUGCUGGAAGUGUUCGCGACAUAGAAUCUCCUUUGACACGACAGCCUCUUUCUCCCAUCUCUUUGACAAUAUCAUCAAAAAUGAAUGUGACAAAUGCCGCAGAUGAACUGAAUAUACAGAACGAGAAGUUGCAGAAAACAUUAGCACUUAACAAUUUGGGGUUCACUACUCCCUCAAAGACAGCCACAAUGGUAGAUGAAGAGAAUAGAACUCCAAAAACAAGGCCAAUUCCUGUCCCCACUACACCUCUGACAGUGUCAAUGCCUAUGAAUAUGUCGAUGACUCCAGCUCCUUCGUCAGUUCCUUUUGGAGGUGACUUUGUUCAAGAUUUUGAAUAUUCCUUUGAGGAAAGAAGGCUCGGUUUUGUGUCUUAGCAUGAUUUUUUUGUUUGAUUUUUCAGUUUACAUUGUUAUAGUUACCAUUGAAUCAAAUCACGAGUCAAAUGUAAAUGGC